AUCAGUUCAUCACAGGUUCACAGCUAGUAACAAGUGAUCAGUAAGGAUAUCUCUCAGAUCAUCAAAAAGAUCUAAGCUAGUAUACAUGGCGCGUAAGGCUAUCAUCGUGUUCGCUCUUCUGCUCGUUGCUGCGCUCUGCUUCGUCGCCUCCGCCCAGGACCCUCAGGCCAACAAGCAGGGCGGUGGUGGUGGGGGUGGUGGCGGCGGACCACCAGGCUAUGGCCACUACCCGCCGUGGAACGGCGGUUACCCAGGCCGUGACCCGUGGCGCCAUGACGACCCGUGGCGCCAUGGCUGUCGCUGGGGAUGCUGCCACCGCGGCCACCACGGCGAGUGCUUCCGCUGCUGCUAAGCCGGAGCUAGCUAUAGCUCCAACCACUGAUCCACUGCUCAACCAUGAAUCAAACAACUACUAUAUCUACUAUAAAUAUAUAUAUUGUUUCUCAAUAAGUAAAGGAAUAAAAAUACGUACGUACAUACACGGCUGAUCAUGGAGAGGACGAGUUACACUGUGCGCUCCUGUAAGGCUAUGUAUAUGCGCGUGUGUGCUAGUCGUGUCUUUGGUAUUUUCCUUCUUUGUUCUUUUCUUUUCUAUAAAGUGUGUGUCGUCAUCAGUGUGUGGCUUGUGCUGCAGUAAUAAUAUAUAUAUAUAUAUAUAUAUAUAUAGUACUAUGAAAUAAAGAGCAGUGCUGCUAUGUCAUAUAGUAAUUAAUUUUU